CAAGCGUGUGUUUACCGGACAAGCGCAGCUGUUCGUAGAACUUUGUUAAACAUUAUUUACGAUCGUGCGAUGAUUUCAUUGUAACGGUUGUUUAUUUACGAUCGUAGUGGUGUGGCUUUACUUUGAGACCAACAUAACAGGUUGCCGCGCGCCGCCCCCCCGCUCCUCCUCCUCGUGCCCCUCACACGUGCGUUGCCGCGCCAAGAAAGAUGCCCCAGACGAACAAGGCCAAGACUGCGGCGUGUGGUCCCGGUCAGCAGGGCGGUGUGGAGCCUCCGCCGCCGCCGCUUCCGCCACAGGGGGAGCCCAGGGAACAGGGCGCAUCGGCUGUGGGCGCUGGAGACAACCAGGGGGACGGCCUCAUAGUCAAGUCCCCCAGUGACCCCAAACAGUACAGGUACAUUGAGCUGAGCAACGGGCUGAAAACACUCCUCAUCUCAGACCUCAGCGGUGCAGACGGAAACCCCGCCUCCGAGGAAGACGACUCGGAAGGGGACGAGAGCGAGGGAGAGGAGGGAGAGAGUGGGGAGGAGGAGGAGGAAGAAGGGGACUCUGGCGAGGGGACGGAGGAGGAGUCGGAGGAGGGAGAGGAAGAGCAGGACAGUGACUUUGAAGAGCUAGAUGAGAACAGCGAAGGACGAAAGAAAAAAGCAUGCUCUGAGAAGCAGUCUGCAGCUGCUCUGUGUAUUGGAGUUGGGAGCUUCAGUGACCCUGAUGACCUGCCAGGCUUGGCACAUUUUCUUGAACACAUGGUCUUCAUGGGCAGUGAGAAGUACCCAGCAGAGAAUGGUUUCGAUGCCUUCCUUAAGAAACACGGAGGCAGUGAUAAUGCCUCCACAGACUGCGAGAGGACCAUCUUCCAGUUCGAUGUGCAGAGGAAGCACUUCAGAGAAGCCCUGGACAGGUGGGCACAGUUCUUCAUCUGCCCUCUGAUGAUCAAAGAUGCCAUUGACAGGGAGGUGGAGGCUGUGGACAGUGAGUACCAGUUGGCCAAACCCUCGGACUCUCACCGCAAGGAAAUGCUUUUUGGUAGCCUGGCAAAGGCCACUCACCCUAUGGGAAAGUUCUGCUGGGGUAAUGCUCAGACACUGAAGCAUGAACCCAGAGAGAAGAACAUCAACACCUAUGAGCGUCUCCGGGAAUUCUGGAAAAGGCAUUAUUCUGCCCACUACAUGACCUUGGCUGUUCAGUCAAAAGAGAGCCUGGACGCAAUGGAGGAGUGGGUGAGAGAGAUCUUCAGCAAGAUCCCCAACAAUGGUCUCCCAAAGCCCGAUUUCUCUCAUCUGCAAGACCCUUUCGAUACCCCGGCUUUCAACAAGCUCUACAGAGUGGUGCCCGUGAGGAAGGUGCAUGCUCUUACCAUCACCUGGGCAUUGCCUCCACAGGAGAAGUACUACAGGGUGAAGCCCCUCCACUAUAUUUCCUGGCUGAUUGGUCACGAAGGCACUGGCAGCAUCCUCUCCUUGCUCAGGAAGAAGUGCUGGGCUCUGGCUCUGUUUGGUGGGAACAGCGAGACCGGCUUUGAUCAAAACACCACCUACUCCAUCUUCAGCAUCUCCAUCACCCUGACGGAUGAGGGCUUCCAGAACUUCUACCAGGUGGUCCAUUUAGUGUUCCAGUACCUGAAAAUGCUUCAAACUCUCGGACCCCAGCAAAGAAUAUAUGAGGAAAUCCAAAAGAUUGAAGCUAAUGAAUUUCACUAUCAGGAGCAGACUGACCCCAUUGAAUACGUAGAGGACAUCUGUGAGAACAUGCAGCUGUUUCCCAAAGAGGACUUCCUGACUGGAGACCAGCUCAUGUUUGAGUAUAAUCCAGAGGUGAUCUCGGCAGCUCUGAACCUGCUCGUGCCAGAUAAGGCCAAUCUGUUGCUGCUGUCACCCGAACAUGAGGGUCACUGUCAGCUGAAGGAGAAGUGGUUCGGCACACAGUACAGUGUGGAAGAUAUAGAGCAGGAGUGGAGAGAUCGAUGGGCAGGAGAUUUUGAGCUCAAUCCAGACCUUCACCUUCCAGCUGAAAACAAAUUCAUAGCAACGGAUUUCACUCUCAAAACACCUGAUUGUCCUGACACUGAAUUCCCUGUCAGGAUUGUUAACAAUGAGAAAGGUUGCCUGUGGUUCAAGAAGGACACCAAAUUCAAGAUACCCAAAGCUUAUGUCCGCUUCAAUCUCAUUUCCCCUAUGAUCCAAAAGUCCCCUGAGAACCUGGUGCUCUUUGACAUCUUCGUGAACAUCCUGGCCCACAACUUGGCAGAGCCCGCCUACGAGGCCGACGUGGCCCAGCUGGAGUACAAGCUUGUGGCUGGGGAGCACGGCCUGGUUAUCAAGGUCAAGGGCUUCAACCAUAAGCUCCCGCUGCUGCUGAACCUGAUCGUGGACUACCUGGCCAACUUCACGGCAGCACCGGAUGUCUUCGCAAUGUUCUCUGAGCAGCUGAAAAAGACUUAUUUCAACAUCCUUAUUAAGCCUGACAAACUGGGGAAAGACCUGCGGCUACUUAUCCUUGAGCAUGCGCGCUGGUCAAUUGUCCAGAAGUACCAGGCCAUCAUGAAGGGUCUCAGUGUGGCUGACCUGAUGGACUUUGUCCAGAGCUUCAAGUCUGAGCUCUAUGCAGAGGGACUGGUGCAGGGCAAUUUCAUCAGCUCCGAAUCCAUGGAGUUUCUUCAGUAUAUUAUAGACAAGCUGCAGUUCAAGCGUCUGUCAGUAGAGGUCCCUGUCCUCUUCCGGGUGGUGGAGCUUCCUGAGAAACACCACCUCUGCAAAGUGAAGUCUCUUAACAAAGGAGAUGCGAACUCGGAGGUCACAGUUUACUACCAGUCUGGGCCCAGAAGUUUGCGGGAGCACGCGCUCAUGGAGCUCCUUGUGAUGCACAUGGAGGAGCCCUGCUUUGAUUUCCUGAGAACCAAGGAGACGCUAGGGUAUCAUGUCUACCCAACCUGCAGAAACACCUCAGGCAUUCUGGGAUUUUCUGUCACUGUGGAGACACAGGCCACAAAGUUCAACACUGAACUUGUGGAGACAAAAAUUGAAGAGUUCCUGGACAGUUUUGGGGAGAAGAUGGCCAGUCUCUCGGACGACGCUUUUAAGACACAGGUGACGGCUCUGAUCAAGCUCAAGGAGUGUGAGGACACGCAUCUUGGCGAGGAGGUGGACAGGAACUGGUUCGAGGUUCUCAGUCAGCAGUACGUGUUUGACAGACUCGGCAAAGAGAUUGAUGCACUGAAGCAGAUGACCAAAGCAGAGCUGGUCUCUUGCUUUAUGGAGCACAGAGGUCAAACCGGCAAGAAGCUCAGUGUCCAUGUGGUAGGAUUUGGAGAGGCUGAGAACGACCCACCUGAAGAUUCCUGCUCCCCAGGGGUAGGCGGUGAUGACGGGGGACAGAAGACCUCUUCGUACGGCGAGGUGUCCAAGCUCACCUUCCUGCCUGCCACGUCCACGCUGGCCUCUGCCGUGGUGAUCGCAGACAUCCGCGCCUUCACCUCCUCGCUGAACCUCUACCCUUACCACAAGAUUCUCAAAUAAGUGGGACCCCGGAGGAGUCGUGUCGAAGACCUUCGGGGUAGAAAUCGGCCUGUCGCUUCUGAGACAAAGCGCUGUCACCGCAGGGAAACGCACGGACCCUUCCUGUCUUUAUUUACCCUAUCUUUUAAAAAUAAAGUUCCAGUACAAGGCUUUCAUACGCUCAUUGCAUCUCAAAGCCUGGUACUCUUGAGAAAUAGAACACAAGAAUGAACAGCUGUCUGCAUUUUUUUUCCUACCUUUAAAACAUUUUAAUAGCAUUGCAGUGGUUCAUGUUAGCAGCUUAGCUUAAAGGACUCAGAGGAAGGGGACACUUUAAGGGGACUCAGUUGGGGGGGGCUCUCCUUUAAGACCUCAGGAUGCAUUGGUGUCCUAUGGUUGAUUGGACUUCAAGGAUCCAACUUCUAUAGAUAGGAAAAAGUUGUGUGUAUUGAAAUAGUAGUGCUACUUGUGUAUUAAUAAACCCCAACUGUGAGACUGCUGUUUCUGGAACGGUGCAAGUAAGAGACAUGGAACUUCAGUAGUAAUAACCAGUAUGAAUUGAGGUGCUAAUUUUGUUUUAUAAUCAGGUGAAUUUUUUUGUGACAGUGACUAAAGGAGAAGAACAAAAUGAAACUGUGAAGUUGAUGGCACUGGGUAACAACAUGAUCGCUGCUUUCAGUCUUCUUGCAAACUACUGGACAGCUUUUGCUCAUGUUUUAAUAAGAACUAUUCAAAUAUAUUUAUUAAAGUUGCA